CUCUCCGCGGCCCCUGCUCCUUCCGGGCUUUUGUUGUGCGUCCCUCCCUGUGUCCCCCAACGGCGGGGCGGUUUGCACUUCCGCUUCCGGUUGCUGCUGCCUGGCUUGGUCUGACUGGCCCAAGGAGAGAGGGUGAGGGCGUGAGCCUCUGUCGAGCAGUGUGUAUGGGGCUGGAUGCUUGAGGGGUGAAAGAGACCAGGGCCCCUUCUUCCCUCCUCCUCAUGUUGGCCGCCUUCCUCCAGAACCCACCAUGUCGGAUUUGAUCAUAAACCUGGACUUGGGCCUCCAGCAGGUUCCCAAGAGGGGAACCAACAGCAACCAGAAACACCAGCGCUUUGUGAAACGGCGCCGUUUCCUGGAGAGAAGAGGUUUUCUGAAGCAGAAGCAGCUGCCACCGCCCCAGCAUCAUCCUCCCAAAGGCCAGGUCUCCCAUCAGGACUCCAGCUCCUGGGAGAGGACCAAGAAGAAGUGGCUCGCUGAGGAUCAGAACUCUUUCCAGACAGAUGGGCUUUCCCAUCAGCCAAAAACCUUCCCCAAGGCAAAUAACCAUUGUCGCUUUGCCCAGCCCGGUGCCACCACGGACUCUGGUUCCCCUCUGCCUUGUUUUCCAUCAGGGGCGAGGAAAGUGGCAUGUAGAUCAGCUAAGGCCAGUGGGAUCCCUGGGAACCACAGCACCCAGCCCCUCGCUGGCAUGCAAAAAGCCAGCCUGCUGAGUGAGUAUGACAGCGGCCUGCCCCCAGUGCCCCAGCCGGGCAAGCCCAGCAAAGUGGUGGCCAUCGACUGCGAGAUGGUGGGCACGGGCCCCGGUGGCCGGAUCAGCGACCUGGCCAGGUGCAGCAUCGUGAGUUACCAUGGAGAUGUGGUGUAUGACAAGUACAUUCGGCCCGUCGACCCCAUCACUGAUUACCGGACCCGGUGGAGUGGCAUCAAAAAACAUCACAUGAAGAAUGCCACUCCGUUCAAAACGGCCCAGAAAGAGAUCCUGAAGCUCCUAGUGGGGAAAAUCGUCGUCGGCCACGCCAUCCACAAUGACUUCAAGGCGCUGAAGUAUUUCCACCCGAAAUCGGUGACCAGGGACACGUCAAAAAUCCCCCUGCUGAACCGCAAGGCUGGCUUCCCGGAGAACGAGUCGGCCUCGCUGAAACGCCUCACCAAGCAGCUCCUGCACAAAGACAUCCAGGUCGGCAAAAACGGCCACUCCUCGGUGGAAGAUGCCAAAGCCACCAUGGAGUUGUACCGGGUGAUUGAAGCUGAGUGGGAGAGGCAGCUGGCGCUGAACCCCGAGCAGGAGUGAGUGGCCUUGGGGCCCACCCCCGUGCUGCCAAGGAAGGAGCAGGCCUCAAUCCCCAGAGCAAGCGAAAAGGGGGGCUCAGCAAAAUGCAGGGCGGGAGGAUCCUAGGCCAGGCCAGGGAGUAGGAUACGGACCAGCUGCCUGGGGCCAGUGAAAGCAGGCGAGGGGGAGGCGGGCAGGCAACUGGAGCCUGGUGCAGCGUUUCUGACGCAGGCGGGAGUCAGAGGCAUGAGGAAGUAGCAGCUGUCACGCGUCGCCUCCGGGUCUCUGCCAGCACAUGGGCCUCACCAAGGGCUGUCUUUUCUGUCCUGUCUUAGCCCCGGAGGGGAACUGUGCUACCUCCCAGCUGGGGCACCCACACUUUGCCCAUCCACCCAGGCAUUCCCUGCCCGGAUCACACCGUGGGCUCUGCUGGCUGCCCCUCAUGUCCUAGAACCCGCUUCGUCCAGGCCUCUGGGUGGCAUUCGUGCCCUCUUCCUAGGUGGACAGGCCCUGCGUCACGUUCUCGUUCUGAUCUGAUUUCCGUAGGGGGCACGGGCCAGUCGGUGAGUUCGAAUCAGACUUUUAGGGGAGAAGAUCUCUGGGGCUGAAAGCGACGCUGGUAAAUAAACAUCUCUGAAUGUCCUUUCCCUGGGAAGGUUUCUGUGGCACCCCAGUGGUGUUUGGUGGCUUCCUCACCCCUUCAGCUUUAUUUUGGAUCAGAAGUAAGGGACUCUCAGAGUUCCCCCACUCUGGGAUGCAGGGGAGAUGGUUUGUUGCAGCUGUUUGUGAGACUCAGAGCCUCUAAGGGGCCUGAGGAACGGCCCUGCAGAGCUCCAGCUGGUUGGUCAGCGGCCCUCCGCUGGCACUGUGCUGAUCUAUCCCAGAGAAUCGGGUCCCAAAUUCCUAGAUCCUGGGCAUCAGGGCCCCGUGCCGCCUGCCAUUGCCUGGGGAUGAGAUUCAAUCCUCCCUGGCCUGUUCCCUCCUUGGCUCCUCUGCUGAGACUGGCAGUUACGGCUGGAGAUGGUGGUGGCUUGUUAAUGUGGGUGACAGGUCGAGACCCACCAAACUCAUCUCAUGCAGGGAGAAGGACUCUGCUGAGAUGCCCAGCCUGGGCUAGACUCGGCAGUAUCCAGCAGUGAGGCUCUGUACCCCGUCUUUGGCCCCCUGAGCCAGCCGGCACCAUCCCAUGAUGGUGGCCUCUCUAAGGCAGCAUGGGGUCGCUUGGGCCACUGAAAAUCUCCAUUAGAAGCCAUGGUCUCAGCUGACUCAUCUCUAUCCCCCCCCCUUGCUUCUGCACAGGGCCGUGCCUCAGCCUGGGGGAAUCCCUCUGGAGUGGCAGCCCGUAGCCGCUGCCCUCCCUGCCUUGAGUCCAGCAAAGGCCCUGAUCUUCUGGCUCUGGCCAGGAGGCGCUCUACUACGAUUCCCAUCAGCCUCUGGGGCAGGGCUUGGCUGAGCACGGAACAUGGGGCAGGAAUGUCGCUGUGGUUUUGGAUGGCCCUGAUUUCGAGACAGCAAUGGGUGGGAUCUUUGAGGUGGAGCAGCGUCCGAUCUGCAGUGCCCGGGGGCAGGUCACCAGACAGAGACGGACUUCUGGGUCUGUUCCAGUAGGCAGGACGCGGGUAGCAGACGCACAGUCUGGGUGAGUUUAAGGAAAUCAGUGGAGAUAUCCGCUCCCCCUAACAACCCCCCAGUCUCCAGAUUGUGCCAAACAGCGAAUUUUCACUAUAAGGGAUGAAGGGAGGAGCUUCUUCAGAGACAAGUCUGCAGGAGAGGAAGCAUGGUCUAGCGAUUAAAGCAGUCGCCCAGUUGGGAGAGUGGGGUUCUCAUUGCUGGGGUCAUUCUGGGUCGGAUUCGGCUCUCAUUUUCAUGGGCAUAAGUCCCUUUGACUUCAAUGGAGCUACUCCUGAUUUACAUUGACGUGUCUGAGAAGCGACUUGGGUCCAAUGCGUGACCUUGUGCAAGUUGCGCUGCUGCUCUGUGCCUCAGUUUCCCCACCUGUAAAAUGGGGAGGAUGAUCCUGACCUCCUUGGGGUGCUGUGAGUAGAGCUGGCAAACGAUUUCCAAACCCACCACUCUUCAUGAAUUUGACACCAUUUUGGCCGAUCACAAAAUGGCCCAAGUUGGCGGCGGGAGUGGUGUUGCCCUGUACUUAGGACACUCAUCCGAGAGGUGGGGGACACAGGAUCAGAUUCCCGCUUCUGAAACAGACCUGAAACGGCCUUUUUGCCACUGAACCCCAAAAGUUAAUUAUUUGCCCCGCUGUAGUUGUGAAGUAAAGUCCUUUGAGAUCCUUCACUGGGAAGGUCUAUAAAAAGAUGAUUCUCAUUUGGCAGCUUGCAUUUCAAAUUCAGAUCUCGUUCAAAUAAAUUGGCACUGACUUCUUUAAAGGACCGGAUCCUCUGGCAUGGUCAUUUCCACCAGUGCAAAGUGGUGGUGAAAUGUUGCCUGUUCCGAGCUGGUUCCGUUUCCCCCCUGCUUUGUACUGGUGUCGGUGAUGACAGGAGCGGCAGAGUGCUGGAGAACCGGAUCCCAGCUCUAGCAGUGGAGCAGGGCUGGCGUCAGCUCUGGGGCUCAGUGGUUGAGCCGUUGGUGAGAGGGCUUGCCCAGGUAAUGGUUACUUGAAUCCGUCUUUGCCGUGAUGCUUGGACCAAACCCUUUGUCCAGGGAGUGAAGCAUGGUGCUUUUCAUAUAUGUGUACAGCUCCAUGCACGAACAUCUUCCGAAAUUGGAGUGUUUCCGGGUCCUUUAAUCCCUGCUGCAAUGAACCGCUUGGUCCUUUGUGGGAGAGUUGCGUUGUUUGAAAAUAAAAUGUGUCACUUUUGAAAUCACUUGUAAAAAAAUAAAUCCUAAAAGAUCAAUCCA